AUGGGGAACAUGACAUCCAUUCCUGUUGAGCUAUGUGCUACAUUUGAUGCGGAUGAAAUACGACGAUUAGGUAAACGUUUCAAAAAAUUAGAUAUUGACGGCAGUGGUUCCUUGAGUGUACAAGAAUUUAUGUCAAUACCUGAAUUACAACAAAAUCCACUUGUACAACGUGUUAUUGAUAUUUUCGAUACUGAUGGAAAUGGUGAAAUUGAUUUUAAAGAAUUUAUUGGUGGAAUUUCACAAUUCAGUGUUAAAGGAGAUAAGGAAUCAAAAUUAAGAUUUGCGUUCAAAAUCUAUGACAUGGAUAAAGAUGGAUUUAUAUCAAAUGGUGAAUUAUUUCAAGUAUUGAAAAUGAUGGUUGGCUCAAAUUUGAAAGAUUCACAAUUACAACAAAUUGUUGAUAAAACUAUUAUCAAUGCCGAUAAAGAUGGUGAUGGAAAAAUAAGUUUUGAUGAAUUUUGUGCCUGUGUUGGCGAUACAUUAAUUGACGAUAUUCAAAAGAAAAUGACAGUAGCCGUGUAA